AAAAAUAACAGUGGGAGAUCUCUAAUCGAAGUAACAAAUGGCAUCCUCUUUGUUUUAAAGGAUGUUCUCUAAUGUUGCCAAGCAUGCUCUUCAUGUUCUUAGUCGGUGUUGCUGUGUCUUUGGAUGUUUGUAGCGCUCAAUUUUCAUUUUGCAGAAAUUGGUCAAGCAUUUAUCUGGACUAAUUUGUCUCCAAGAAGGGAUGGUAAACUCCUUUGUGCUGCUUGUACUGUACUCUGGCACUCUGACUCUUAGUAAGAGUUACUACAGAAAGACACAAACAAAACCAACCAAUAACUGUUUAGGUAGUGAAACCCAAAGCCAGCAUUUAGAUUUACUUGUUUGGGGUUUUCAUAAAAGGGUAAUUUGAAGGCAAGGGAAUAAUCAAUAAUGAGGCUAUGAUUACAUCGUUGCAUAUUUGGCUGGAAAAAGCUGGCUUUGGGUUGGAGUAUAAUAAGAGUCUGUUCUCUUCAGACUUUGGUGUAUUGUGUGUAUGGGAGGUGCUGGGAUCAUUUGUAAACAAUGCCUUCCUUGAUGCCAAGAGCUAGUGUGCUUUUGUAAGUGUUCAUCUCGUUUUCGGUGUUUCUUUCUCUACUGGAGCCAUCCCGUCUUUCCUCCCAGCAUGCAUGCUUUCCAGUCGUCUUUCACUCUCCUCUGCAUCAUUAAAGCGCGGGCACACUCUGCACAGAUAUUUAGCCUUUGGCCACCUGCCCACCUCCAUGUGAGCCUCAUUUGGUGUGUUUAUCCUGUUUCCCAUUCAGCCAUUGAAGUGUUGUUUUCCUCUAAAUUUGGGACUGCACCUCUGGUAUGCAGAGCUACAACUUCACACACCCACUGUACUUUGAAUAUUACAAAAAAACCGAAUACUUAAAAUCAGCCAGUAUGACAGGGAGCUGUGUUUGUGUUUCUGUGUAUACACAGUCCUUGCAGUGCAGCCUAUGCCCUGAGACAGGCUUGCUUUUGUGCAUCUAUUCAGCUCGCUCUAUUGUGAGCAGUGGUGCUAAUUGCAGCCUGAAUGGUCUCGGCUAAAUGUUUUGUGACAGUUUGAAAGCAUGAAAGAGAAGAGUGGCACACAAGAAAAGGAAUCCCUCUUUUUUGUUUUGUUUUUCCUCCCUCCUAAUGACACAACGGAAUGCUCUUGGCUUUAACCUUCAACUCCCAUGCAACCUUGUUUCCCCUCCCUCACUAGAGAGGCUAGAGGUAGAUAUAAAUAAAGCCCGGGUGAGGGAACAGAGAUCAGAUCCUGCCGAUACCGUGUGGGAUGAACGGGGCGGUCGCUCGCAUACUGAGCUACAGCUCCUUGGCAGCAUUUCAAAUAUGAGCCUCAGAAGCCUUGCGAGCAGCAGACAUAUUGUAACAGGGAUGGCCAGUGCUCUGCACGCAGCCUAGUGCUUCUCUCAGGAUGGUCGGGCGACAUCUCUCUUCAGUAGAGCUGCCCCCACAGAGUGGCCUGGCAGCCCAGUAUGAGAAUAUAUCCCCCAGUUGCAGUCCCACUACAGCCUCUACCAAUAGCUGCAGCAGCUGGGAUCCACUGAUUAUUGACAAGCGCGAUACAGAGGCGUGGCCUUCCAUUUCAUGCAAAGAAAGCCAAACCCCUGCAGGAUGCCCCUCGGACACUGAAAGUAUCAGUGACAUCAGCAGCAUGAGCAUGGCCACAGGUGCUGGCCAGCAAGGCCAUUUCUCCACCAAUCACCCCAGCAAAGCCAAUGCCAGCCACUCAGGAGGUCUACUCUCUAGUCAGGGUGGGGCCAGCAGAGGCUGGGGCUCUGGCCCAUCUCCUGCCAGUGGAGGAGAAGGGAAGAAUGAAGUCUCCAGCACAUCAGUGGGAGCCAGGGGUUGGGGCUCCUCCAACUUUAACUUGAACUUAAACCCCAAUGCCAAUCCCUCUGCCUGGCCAGUUCUGGGACAUGAAGGGACCGGCAUAGGUGGUGGCAGCUCUGGAGGAAGCAACCCUCCUCCGCCUAAUAUCUGUAGCCCACCGGGCACUCUGCCCAGUCAGGGCCCUAGCAGCAGUGGCAGUAUAGGUGGUGCCAAUGGAAAUUCUGCAGGUAAUGGUGGCAGUGGCAAUGGCAGCACCACAUGGGGUAACAUUGUGCCCAGUGACUCAUCAGAGUCACACUCCACACCAUCCACGAAUGUGUCUUUCAGCUCCGAACCUCAGAACCUUAACACUGAUGGACCAAAUCACACUAAGCAUGACCCCAGAAGCCCUGGCCACAGCCUGCCUAACUGGGGGGUUGGGCCUGCAGGCAUGGGAUCAUUUGUUCAAAAUCCAGGAGGAGCCUCACAGGUCAAUGGGGAUGAAGAACCUGUUUGGGGUAAUGGAGAUGCCAAGUCUGGUAAUGGCACAAAAGACUCUGGUUGGGACUCAGGGAGCAGCUGGGGACAAGGAGGGGCCUCAGGCACUUCUGACUGGGGACAGGCUGCCUCAACUGGAGAUUGGGGUAAGCAUUCCAACAGUGAGCCCAAAGGAUGGGAUUCUUCAAGCUCUCCCACCCAAGAGCAACAUCUCAAUUCUUGGGUCCAUGGGGCCAAAGCCCCAGCCAGUGAGGGAAGCAGUGACAGCAUGGAAUGCCAUCCUCAUAGGAGGCUCUGUUCAUCAAGAGAUGAGGCUUCCCCUAUUCUGCCUGCCCAGGAUAUGGACCCUCGGGUUCUGUGUAACACAGGCUGGGGACAAACACCAGUGCGUCAGCACACUGCUUGGGAGACCGAAGAAGCUGCACGCUCCAACUGUAAGAAUGACAUUGGAACUGAAGCCUGGGGCUCAUCCUCAAAGGCAGCCAAUGUAGGACCAACAUCUGGCAGUGCCAACCCUAACUCUGGCACUACAUCCAGACCAGACUCUGGGGGCAAGAAUGAGUGCCCCAGCCCCAGUACUGGACCUGGAUGGGGCACAGCCAUGCCGUCACCCCAGGCUAGCUCUGAUUGGGCAGGUCCUACAAGCAACAAGAAACCUUCCAGUGGUCCUACAAAUUGGGGCAGUACCCCAGGUGGUAACCCGAAGAAAAGUGGUCAGACUUGGGGCUCAGAGGAGAAGUCUCCUACCUGGGAAGAUAGUAAUGCUAAAGCCAAACCACAGGGCUGGCCUGAGGGUCCCAACCCUUCUCAUGGAUGGAGCAAGGGACCUGAUGGAGAAAGCGGGUCUGGCGGAGAAUGGGGUGAACCUGGAGAUGGAAAGAAAAAUGGUCCCUCCAGCUCGACCUGGGAUGGAGAGGGUACUGGCUGGAAUGAGGGCUCCAGAGGAUGGGGCAAGCCUGCCUCGGGCGUAGGAGGAAACUGGGGAGAUGCACAACACCCCAGUAUGCCAUCACAAGGAUGGAAUAACAAGCCUCAGGAGGGCACCAAUGGCAAUAGUGGCAGUGGAAGCAUGGGUUCUUGGGGAGGUCCUAGCUCUGUAAAGCAGAGUGGCUCUGGAUGGGGAGGAGGAAAUGGUGGAGGUGUUAAACCUGACCAUAUUGGAGAGCCCACUGGAUGGGACGAGCCCUCUCCACACUCCAUUCGCCGUAAAAUGGAGAUUGAUGACGGUACCUCAGCUUGGGGUGACCCAAGCAGUUACAACAAAACAGUCAAUCUCUGGGACAGGAAUAACCCUGGGAUGCAAGGCAAACCAGGACCUGGCAUUGCCAACAAUGUACCCAACAACCAUCAUCAUCAUCCCCACCAUAACCAGCCUCCCAUGCAGACCCACAGUCAUGGGGGAUCAAAUUCAAACAAUAAUCACAUUUCUCCUGAUAACGCUGGUCCACAUCCAACAGUGCCACCUCACAAUAGAACAACCCUCAUGAAUCCAGGAUGGGGCGAGAUGACAAAUUGCCAUUCAAAACCUGAGCCCUCAUGGGGAGAGCCAGCCACCCCUGCAGCAAGUGUGGACAAUGGCACUUCAGCAUGGGGUAAACCCUCAGGUGGCUGUGGCAGCUGGGGUGAUAAUGGCCCUGAGGUCUAUGGUCGAGGCAGUGGACCUCCUGGAACUGCCCCCUGCAAACCUGCCCCCAAAUCUAUGCAAGAUGGCUGGGGUGGUGGAGAGGACAUGGGCCUGUCUGCAGGGCAGUGGGAGCAGGAUGAGAGUGACAUGUGGAAUAGCACUGCAUCUCAAGAGAGCAAUUCCUCCUGCAGCUCCUGGGGUAACCCACCCAAAAAGGGCCCACCAAAGGGAAAAGUCCCAAACAAACAGGAUGAUAUUUGGAUAAUGAAUCGUCUUAUCAAGCAGCUGACUGACAUGGGCUUCCCUAGAGACCCUGCAGAAGAGGCUCUCAAGAGCAACAACAUGAACUUGGAUCAGGCCAUGAGUGCCCUGUUGGAGAAGAAGACCGAACUAGAUAAACGGGGGAUGGGAAUCUCUGAUUAUAACAACGGCCUAGUCAAUAAACCAAUGGGCUGCAGGCCUUCAGUCAUCUCCAAAGAAUCCUCCUCAGAUCGUCCCCCCUUCUUGGACAAGGAUGCUGGGCUAGCAGAUGAUGCCCAAACCUCACCGUUUAUGCCUUCUCCGAGCCUGAAGCUCCCAUUGGGUAGUGCUGCACUCCCUGGCCAGAGCCUUGGAGUUGCAAUACAAACCUUGAACAACAGACAGAUGCAGAGUGGAGUGUUUGGUAGUAGCGGAGCAGCACAAGCCCGGGCCCUGCAGCAGCAGCCUCCUCCCCAGCCGUCAGUGCCACCUCUCAACUCGUCCCAGCCUAGUCUACGUGCUCAAGUGCCUCAGUUUUUCAGCCCUCAGGUUCAAGCACAGCUUUUGCAGUUUGCAGCAAAAAACAUUGGUCUCAACCCUGCACUUUUAACCUCACCAAUAAACCCUCAGCAUAUGACCCUGUUGAACCAACUUUAUCAGCUGCAACUGGCGUACCAGCGUUUACAAAUUCAGCAGCAGAUGUUGCAGGCACAGCGCAGUGUUUCUGGCCCCAUCCGACAGCAAGAGCAGCAAGUUGCACGUACAAUCAAUAACAUGCAGCAACAGAUCCAGCAGCACCAGCGGCAGCUGGCUCAGGCUCUGCUGAUGAAACAACAGCAGCAGCAGCCACCCACCUUACACCCGGGUUUGCAUCCCAGUGCAGGCAAAUCAGCUCUGGACACAUUUCCAACCCACCCCCAGGUCUCCAGCCUCUCUGUUUCCGACCUUCAGACCAAAGAGCCGCAGUCUUCUACAAACUCCUUUUCACCCUACACUAUUUCUGGAUUGAACCCUAACAUGAAUGUAAACUGCAUGGAAGUGGGUGGCCUGUCCAUUAAGGACUCUCCUCAGCCUCAGUCACGCCUGUCACAGUGGACACACCCAAACUCCAUGGAGAACCUCUCUGGCUGCUCCUCUCCAAUGGAGCCCAACUUCAGCAAGCAUGGUGCCAUCUCUGCAGGCCCCAGUCUGGGUCCCCCAAGUAAACCCACACUGGAUGACUCCUAUAAUCCCUACAAUCUGAUUCCCAGCUCCGAGUCUCCUGCCAGCCCCCUGGCACCACAUGAUAGCUGGGGUCAGGGAAAGAACACAAAUGACAAGAUCUCCAAUGGGACCAAUGUCAGCUGGCCUCCAGAGUUUUGUCCAGGAGUGCCCUGGAAAGGACUGCAGAAUAUUGACCCUGAGACUGACCCCAAUGUGACCCCAGGGAGUGUUCCCAGUGGGCCCACCAUCAAUACCAACAUUCAGGACGUGAACCGCUACCUGCUAAGAGACAGGAGUGGAGGUUCCACCCCAACUUCCUCACAGGGUGAGGCUCUGCCUCCCUCCAGCGAUUGGCCAGUCACUAGCUCUUUCAGUCUGUCCUCCCAAGAGGCAGCCAGCACAGGGAAGCUGUCUGACAUGAAAUCCACUUGGUCUCCGGGGCCCAUCUCGCACACCCAGGCUUCUCUCUCUCAUGAGCUUUGGAAAGUCCCACAAGGACCCCGGAACACAACAGCUCCCACACGGCCGCCCCCAGGCCUGACCAACACCAAGCCCUCGUCCACAUGGGGCGGAAACACCCUGGGCCUGGUGGCUGGCUGGAGCAGCUCCUACUCUUCAGUAGGUACCACGUGGAGUACAGAUAGCUCCAGCAGGAGCACUAGCUGGCUGGUUCUGAGAAACCUCACACCACAGAUUGAUGGUUCAACACUGCGGACACUGUGCAUGCAACACGGCCCGCUCAUCACAUUCCAUCUCAACCUGACGCAGGGCAAUGCUGUGGUGCGCUACAGUUCUAAAGAAGAGGCUGCCAAAGCCCAGAAGUCCCUACACAUGUGUGUUCUGGGAAACACCACUAUACUGGCAGAGUUUGCUGGAGAAGACGAGGUGAACCGCUUCUUUGCACAGGGUCAGUCCCUUACGCCCACCACCAGCUGGCAGGCCAACCCCGGCACCAAUCAGACACGGCUGGGGGGCGGAGGGACGGCGGCCACACACCCCAUCGGCCACUGGAACAGCAGCGGUCUUGGAGGAGGAGGAGCGAGCGGGACAGGGUCCGGCGGGAAGGCGAGCAACGAGCUGCUGUGGGGGGGUGUACCACAGUACUCCAGCCUGUGGGGGCCGCCCAACGCCGAGGACGGCCGAGUGGUGGGCAGCCCCACCCCAAUCAAUACGCUGCUCCCUGGAGACCUGCUGAGCGGAGAGUCCAUGUGAGAGCGCCAAGCGCUCAAACCCCCUAAACCGCAGCGAAAUAUGAAACUUAACGAGCAAAAACCAAGCAAAUCAUUUUGGCGAUAAUCAACGUCAGUGGAACUGUGAAAAACCAAGAGACAGUCGGCUGAGGCCACACUUGCAUAGAGGCUGCUGACGUUCUUCCUCUACUUUUUUGUUUUUGUUUUGUUUUGUGUCUCUUCAUCUGUGUUAUUUUGAUCAUUAGGCUUGGGUUACAGUAUUCUAAAGACUUCUUAUGAAGAACCGUGACUAAAAGAGAAGUGAACCUUUACCAAGACUUAUCUCUAAUAACUGAAACCAGUGUGAAAGUGUAUUUUACUACAGACCGAUGAGACAAGCUGCCAUUUUUUAAAAUUCCUCUGGCACGAGCACAUCCUGUCAGCCCAAUCACAACAUAUCGUCCUGUCCCCGAAGAAACGUGCGUCAUUCCAAACUGACUUCCCCUACUUCCUGUCUUUUAGACUGGAUCCAUGGCUUUUUUCAGUUGUCCUUUGGAUCGUAUGGAUUAAUUAACAGCACUAAACUUUAGCCUUAACUGCUGAUCAGUCCCACUCCAUUUGUACUCUGAAGAAACUCAUCUUGAGAAUUGCACAUUUUCUCAUUUCUGAGCCAGGACUGUCAUGGUUUCGAUUUCAGCCGCAGCGUACGCGCAUUCGUCCUUCCUGUUUCCCUCGGUUGCCAUCUGUCCUCAUAACUCUCGAAAGGACGGACAGAUAUGUGACCCUUCUGCACAUUUGAGGCUUUUAUUCUUAAGCUGAGAGGACACGUGGACAGCUGAGGAAUAUAUUAACCACUGCUCACGAAAAACUGUACAGGAAACACUUUUUCAGAUGGACUACUUUUUCCUCUUUCAUUUUCCUAAACAACCUCGGUCUCUCUCUCUCUCAAAAAAAACUAAAACAUGAGCCCUCAUUGUCGUUCGUCUGAAGUGCAAUAUAUGCCACAGACUCUUCCGUCCAUCUUUACAUAGUGCUUUUUUGCCGGUGAAACGGUAGGAGCUCGCCUGGGGACGGGGGGGGAAUCAAAGACUUGUCUCCU